UGUUGGAACAAUAAUAAAGGAAGAUGACUUCAGUCCUGGAGAAACCUGCAAAUGGCACUUUAAAAAACAAAACCAAAUCAGCCAAAGAAAAGAAGGAGGAGAACGAGAAAAAUCAAGCAAUUCGGGAGCAGGAGCUCUGGGAGAAGGAGCUCAGAGCCCAGAAACAGUUUGAGCGCUCGGUCGAGGAGCGUGGGAGGCGCCUGGAGGAGCAGCGGCAGAAAGAAGGGCGCCGUCGAGCCGCCGUGGAGGAGAGGAAGAGGCAACUCUGUGAAGUGGAGAAGGAGCACCUGGAGGCACUGAUGAGGCGCUCGGGGGAACGCGGACCGCCGCUGGAGCAGAGACCCAAACGCUGGACGUGGGGAGGCCCGGCCCGAGCCUGCGAGGUACCAGAUUUCAUGAAACCACCAGGGUGUCCAGAUUCAGACCUGAUCGACUGCCUUUCCUCCUCACCCUCCUCUGCUGCUCUAGCUCAAACAGGAAGAGCCUCGCCCAGCCCCCACAGGUCACCUUACAAAGCAUCUCCCAGCAGAUCUGAGCGCAGGAAGACCAUCGCUUCAUCCAGAGCAUCAGAGGAAUCUCACGGUGUCGCCACCACUCCCAAAACCCCUCAGGCAGAGAAGCAAAACGGGGAGAAAGUCUUCAAUAACACUGAGAACGACUCCUCAGCGAAGCAUCUGGAAUCUCCCAUGACACCAACUAAGAGCAGCAAGAAAUCCGGCACACCUAAAAGGUCCAAGUCAUGUAAAAGUCGUCUUCAGUCUCCCUGUUCACCUGGGCUGUUUCCCACCUCACCCAUGAGGCACAAAGCCAUGACCCCUGGUGCCGACAGCAAUAAGAGAUGGGACAUAGAUGAGAAAGGAGGUGAAUUUAAAGGCUCUAGCACUCUAGAGAGGAAGACCUCCAGAACAGAGAAGAUCCCCAAAUCUACGAGCAGAGAACUUGAGUCUCCAGUGACUCCGACUGGGAAAGCCGGUACCACCGAUGCUGAGGAGGCCUCCAGACUGCUGGCUGAGAAACGCCGCCUCGCCCGGGUGCAGAAAGAGCAGGAGGAGAAGCAGCGGCUGGAGGAGGAGAGGCUUCGGGCCGAGGAGCUACAGAGGAAGCAGAUGGAGGAACAGGAGCGGAAGGAGCAGGAGGCCCGGCGUCUGGAGGAGGAGAAGCAAAGGCAAGAGGAAGAGUGCAGAAAGAAGGAGGAGGAGGACAAGCGGCAGAAGGCGAGACGUUUGAAAGACCUGCAGGACCAGCUGGACAGGGAGAGAGAAGAAGCUUUCCAGAGGAUACAGCGGGAGGCUGAGAGACAGCAACAGCACAGAGAGCAGCUGAAACUGCAGGAGGAGCAGGAGCGACUGCAGAGAAAGAAGCGGAUUGAAGAAAUCAUGAAAAGGACCAGAAAGACUGAUACAGAACCAAAGAAGGAUGAGCUGCACAUCGAGCCCAGCUCACCCCUGAUCCAGCCGGUUUCAGAAACACUGCUGGAGUCUAGAGAUGCUGCUCAGACUAACGGUCCCUCCAUUGGGAUUUCGGUGUUAAAGACCAAUGAAUUCCCAUCACCUGCUGGCUCACCUAUGAUAACCCUGGAGCCACUCGAAGCCAAGUGUAGUGCAGCAGAUGACCUAUCAGAUGGCGUCCAGUCCAUGGACGUCAGCCCAGUGUCCAGAGAGGAUCUGAUCCAGGAAUUUUCUCCCAUGUACGAGAGCGCUCAGGCUCUGGAUCUGCUGCGUCUAACCGGCCACGCUGCAUAUCCUAAAGCAGGGGAUCUGAACAAAAACCUGAUCCAGAGCUUCAGCAGUGCUGCUGCAGACUCAACGCUCAUCCAGAGUCUCGGACCAAGCAUGGACAAGCUUACUGUCUAGUGCAACAGGGUAUCUUCACAUCAUGGCUUUCAUUUAAAGGAAUGGAUUCAUCCUUCGUCUGUCGUGCCUCAGUUCCAGUUCUCCAACCUGUCUGCGCUCUGGAAAACGGAGAACAAGCACCGAUAUGAUUUGAUCAGAAAAGUAGUUAUACAUAGAAUCGAGCUUUGCCUUUUAGCCAUAGGUAUUCCAUUUCUAAAGAUUUCACUGUUGUCAUUGCCAGGGAAGGCAACUGUAAUACUGCGGUCAUAGUGAUAUUUAUAUUCCUGUAUAAUCUGUAGCGUUAAUGAAUGGUACAAAACACGAGGCUUGUAGCAGCUUUAUAAGAUGUUUUGCAUUUGCUGUGAAAGCAUAAAUGACCAGCAAACUGACUGUUUGUAUCUGUGUUGAGUGUGAUCUGUAAGUUAUGUGGGGUUCACAAAUAUUAAAUAUACUUCUACAGCAAACAAAGUAAAGGCUUGCAAAUACAUGCCGUCAUUUACGUAUUUAUUACAAUUGUUCAUAAUACUGUAUCACUGGCAAGGCCCUUAGCAAUGUUGGGCAAGCUACUGUAGCUACAUGGUGCACUAGAGUACACUAAAGUGUAUUUAAGCUACUUUAAUUACACUUAAGUUACACCCGUAAACGAUGGCACAUAUUCACUAAUUACCAAUAUUACCUUUAAGAUGUCAGAAAAUUUAAUCUUGUAAGUCACUUCUACUGCUAAUAAUACAAAUGAACACCUAGCUAAUGUCUGUACUUCUUUAUAUAAUAUGUAUUAUAUUAAAAUAAUAAUAUUUAGGCUGAAUUAAAUGUGUUCACUUUAAUUUAUAUAUUUUCAAAUCACAUUAGCUGUACUAACUUUAUGGGCACCACCGUACCACUGGCCCAGCCCACCACAGAAAGAAUUGGCAGCAGUAGCGACUCCUACUGUCUGCUUAAGGCGUCGACACAAGCGCCAGAUGAACAAGGAGAAAGAAAAAUAAAGGGUUACAAUUCUGUCUAAUUGAUACUACUACAAAACUCUAAAACGGGGAACUGAUAACAUUGCAGUGAUGCUACCGUCCAUUGUUGUACUAUGCAGGCCAGGCAAACCCCAGUAACUCUACAUUUUAAACAAAGUGUGACACAAAAUUUUAAAGCAACGCUGUGCUGUACAGUAACCGUGCUGAUUCCAAGCUCUCCUAUAUGCUGUGUAUGCGUAUCUUGUAAAAUGGCUCUGUUCAUACCAUCUUGUACACUCAGGGUGUUGGCAAACUUUGCAUGUGAGAUUAGUCAUAAUGAUAUCUGAUGUUCACUGGUGGGAUUAUGUAACGUAUAUGAUGCUGUCAUGUAACACACCCGGAGAACUUACUCAGCAAAGGACCUACUUGGAUGUUUAGACAUUCUAAAUGAUUCUGUUGUAUUAAAUGUUACAGAAGAUGCUGAGGAAAGUAUGAUUCGUUGUCACUUCAUGGUGAUAAAUGAUGCAUGGAUUAAAUGCUCUGGAGUCACUGAAACCUGGGAAAUGAAUAUAUCAAUAAAAUUAUUGAGCCACAA